CGCAGCGGCUUUUAGCCCCCGACGCCGCGGCUUUUUGCCCCGACGCGGCGCAUUUUUGCCGCCGCGGCUUUUUGCCCCCGCCGCCUAAGCUUUUUGCCCGCGCCGCCGCGGCUUUUUGCCCCCGUCGCCACGGCUUUUUGCCGCCGCGGCUCUGAGGGCGGGAGCGGCAGACUCCGCUGCCAGCUCUACUGGCGUCCUGGCAAGGGCAGCGCCGAGGGGCGCUCCCGGUCCAGCUCUCCCGGCUCGAGGGUUCCUUGACUAGGCGCCCGAGCCCCGGGCUCCCUGCCUCAGCCGCUGUGGCCUGCAUAGAGCGGCGCUGCGCGCGGAGGCGAUGGGAGAGAAGAAGGAGGUUGGUGGCGGGGGUGAUGCAGCGGCCGCUGAGGGUGGCGCAGGGGCCGCGGCCAGCCCGGCGCUGCAGCAGUGCAGGCAGCUCCAGAAGCUCAUCAGCAUCUCCAUUGGCAGCCUGCGCGGGCUGCGCACCAAGUGCGCUGUAUCCAACGACGUCACCGAGCAGGAGACACGGACCCUGGAGGCCUGUAAAUUACUCUGUGAUGACUAUGAACAAGUGCGCAGUGCUGCAGUCUAGCUUAUCUGGGUUGUCAGUCAGCUGUAUCCUGAAAGCAUUGUCCCAAUUCCUUCUUCUAAUGAAGAAAUACGCUUAGUUGAUGAUGCGUUUGGAAAAAUUUGUCACAUGGUCAGUGAUGGCUCUUGGGUGGUUCGUGUUCAGGCAGCAAAACUGUUGGGCUCUAUGGAGCAAGUCAGUUCUCAUUUCUUGGAGCAGACCCUUGACAAGAAGCUGAUGUCAGAUCUGAGGAGGAAACGUGCUGCACAUGAGCGUGCCAAGGAACUUUACAGUUCAGGGGAGUUUUCCAGUGGCAGAAAGUGGGGAGAUGAUGCUCCCAAGGAAGAAGUAGAUACCGGGGCUGUGAACUUGAUUGAGUCAGGAGCUUGUGGAGCUUUUGUUCAUGGGUUGGAAGAUGAGAUGUAUGGGGUUCGUAUUGCUGCUGUGGAGGCCCUCUGCAUGUUGGCCCAGUCUUCACCCUCUUUUGCUGAGAAGUGCCUUGAUUUCCUAGUUGACAUGUUCAACGAUGAAAUUGAGGAAGUACGUCUGCAGUCCAUACAUACCAUGAGAAAAAUCUCUAACAACAUCACCCUCCGAGAAGAUCAGCUUGACACUGUCCUGGCUGUGCUAGAGGAUUCAUCCAGAGAUAUUCGAGAGGCUCUUCAUGAACUCUUAUGCUGUACCAAUGUUGCAACCAAAGAAGGGAUUCAUCUUGCAUUGGUGGAGCUGCUGAAAAAUUUAACCAAGUACCCUACUGAUAGGGACUCCAUAUGGAAGUGCUUGAAGUUUCUGGGAAGUCGGCAUCCAACCCUGGUGCUUCCCUUGGCGCCAGAGCUUCUGAGCACCCACCCAUUUUUUGACACAGCUGAACCAGACAUGGAUGAUCCAGCUUAUAUUGCAGUUUUGGUACUUAUUUUCAGUGCUGCUAAAACCUGUCCAACAAUGCGAGCAUUGUUCUCAGAUCACACCUUCAGGCACUAUGCCUGCCUCCGAGACAGUCUUUCUCAUCUUGUUCCUGCCUUGAGGUUACCAGGUAGAAAACUGGUGUCAUCAACUGUUUCUCCCAGCAUCAUACCUCAAGAGGAUCCUUCGCAGCAGUUCCUGCAGCAGAGCCUUGAAAGAGUGUAUAGUCUUCAGCACUUGGACCCUCAGGGAGCCCAGGAGCUGCUGGAAUUCACCAUCAGGCCUUGCAGGAAAAGUCAUGGCAUGUAGCUGCCCCUUUGUAUUUGAAGCAGAGUGAUUUGGCCUCAGCAGCAGCAACACAGAUUAUGGAAGAGACCUACAAAAUGGAAUUCAUGUAGAGUGGUGUGGAGAAUAAGCAGGUGGUGAUUAUACAUCACAUAAGGCUGCAGGCCAAAGCUUUGCAACUUAUAAUAACAGCACAAACUACACGAGGACUUUACCCCUUAUUUGGGAUGUGUGAAAAAUUUUUACAGGAAGUAGACUUUUUUCAGAGGUUUGCAACAGUGAUUUCAUACAAGAUGUUGGUGUCGUCACCCACGUGGACAGGCCAGGCUACUCCGCAUCUCUCUGGGCACUUAGACUGCUGCAGCUCCAGUGAGCUUUUCCAACAUGCCUCUCAGCCACCACUCCCUGCCUGCGGUCACACCUGGGACCCUCCAUCACCCAGAAAGGAGACUUCAGACAGCUCUCUGCUGACCUCUCUUCUCUUGCUCCAGAACUCUCCACUUGGCCUCCCGACCUCAUUGUCACUCUCUCUGUGGUCAAUGCCUUCCUUAAUCAUGGUUCAUAAUUAAAAUCAACUGCUGCAGGGCGAGGUGGUUCACGCCUGUAAUCCCAGCACUUUGGGAGGCCGAAGUGGGUGGAUCACUUGAGGUCAGGAGUUCGAGACCAGCCUGUCCAAAAUGGCAAAACCCCUGUCUCUACUGAAAAUACAAAAAUUAGCUGGGUGUGGUGGCAGGCGCCUGUAAUCCUAGCUACUAGGGAGGCUGAGGCAGGAAAAAUCGCUUGAAUCCGGGAGGUGGAGGUUGCAGUGAGCCGAGAUCACACCACUACACUCCAGCCUAGGCGACAGAGGGAGACUCCAUCUCAAAAAAAGAAGAAAAAAACCCUCCUUUUUCUCUCUCUCUCCUGACAUUGUUCCCCUGGGCAAGGGUGACAUGAACAGGCUGGAUCUCUUGCAUCUGCAUCUGGACAGCCAAGCAUCACUGGGAAAGCACACACUCAGCUGCACUUUCACUUUAUUUAUUCAUCUAUUUAUUCAUUUACUUAUUUAUUUAUUUAUUUAUUUAUUUAUUUAUUUAUUUAUUUAUUUAUUUAUUUUAGUGACAGGGUCUCACUCUGUCACCCAGGCUGGAGUGCAGUGGUGUGAUAGAGCGAGACUCCAUCUCAAAAAUAAAUAAAUAUAUAAAUACAGGGGACAGAGACAACAGCAUUCCAAGAUGAAUCAGAGAAAGGAUCUGCUGCCCAAUUACAAGGAAGCAAAGACAACAGUUUGUGUGUGUGUGUGUGUGUGUGUGUGUGUGUCUGAGACAGGGUCUUGCUCUGUCACCCAGGCUGGAGUGCAGCAGUGCAAUCAUAGCCCACUGCAGCCUAGAACUCCUGGGUUUAAGCAAUCCUCCUACCUCAGUCUCCUGAGUAGCGGGGACUACAGAUGCACACCACCAUGCCCCGCUAAGUUUUUAUUUUUUGUAGAAACAGGGUCUCGCUAUGUUGCCCAGGCUGACCUUGAACUCAUGGCCUCAAGGAAUCCUCCCACACUGGCCUCCCAAAGUGCUGAGAUGACAGCCGUGAGCCACCACACUGGGACUGCAGUUUCUUAUAAAGUUAAACAUAUACUUAUCAUAGGACCCACCAAGGCUGGGCGCGGUGGCUCACGCCUGUAAUCCCAGCACUUUGGGAGGCUGAGGCAGGUGGAUCACCUGAGGUCAGGAGUUCACAACCAGCCUAGCCAACAUGGUGAAACCCCCAUCUCUACUAAAAAUACAAAAUUUCCAGGCAUGGUGGCACAUGCCUGUAAUCCCAGCUACUAGGGAGGCUGAGGCAGGAGAAUUGCUUGAACCCAGAAGGCAGAGAUGGCGGUGAGCCAAGAUUGCGCCAUUGCACUCCAGCCUGGGCAGCAAGAGUGAAACUCCAUCUCAAAAAAUAAAAAUUAAAAAGACACCCAGCAAUCCCAGUCUUGGAGUUUUAUCCAAGAGAAAUGAAAACAUAUUCAUAGCAGCUUUAUUUGUGACUGCCCAACACAAGAAAAAACCCAAAUAUUCACCAACAGAUAAAUAGCUAAACAAAUUGUGGUAUAUCCCUACGAUGGAACACUACUCAGUAAUAAAAAGAAAUGAAUUACUGAUACAUGCUACAACAUGGAUAAAUAUUUUUAAAAAUAUACCAAUAGGGCUGGGCGCGGUGGCUCAUGCCUGUAAUACCAGUACUUUGGGAGGCUGAGGCAGGUGGAUCACGAGAUCAGGAGAUUGAGACCAUCCUGGCUAACACGGUGAAACCCCGUCUCUACUAAAAAUACAAAAAAUUAGCCGGGCACGGUGGCACAUGCCUGUAGUCCCAGCCACUCAGGAGGCUGAGGCAGGAGAAUCACUUGAACCCAGGGGGCAGAGGUUGCAGUGGGCCAAGAUUGCACCACUGCACUCCAGCCUGGGGGACAGAGCAAGACUCAGUCUCAAAAAAAAAAAAAAAAAAUUAUACCGAUGGAAGGCCAGGCACGGUGGCUCACACCUGUAAUCCCAGCACUUUGGGAGGCCAAGGCAGGCAGAUUACCUGAGGUCAGCAGUGACCAGCCCAACCAACAUGGUGAAACCCUGUCUCUACUAAAAAUACAAAAUUAUCCGGGCAUGGUGGCGCAUGCUUGUAAUCCCAGCUACUCAGGAAGCUGAGGCAGGAGAAUCACUUGAACCCGGAAGGCGGAUGUUGCAGUGAGCUGAGAUUGCGCCACUGCACUGCAGCCUGGGCAACAGGAGUGAAACUCCAUCUCAAAAAAAAAAAAUUAUACCAAUGGAAAGAAGCCAGACACAAGAGCACAUACUGUUUCAGUUAUAUGAAACACUAGAAAAUACAAAUGCCGUAACAACAAAGAUCAGAUCAGUAGGGCUGGGGGUUGGGACAGGGGGCUGACUGGAAAGAGGCCCUAGGAACCUUCUGGGUGAUGGAAAUGUUAUUGUGAUGAUUACAAGUAUGAAUAAAUUUGUCAAAAUUCAUCAAAAUGCGCACUUAAAGAGUGUAUUUUAUUACAUUUAAUUAUAUAGCAAUAAAACACCGGCUUUAAAAAACUCUCUGAUAAGAGGCUGGUCUAGGCAAACUUGAGGAUCCCUUUCACCCUAAUUCUAGCCCAAAUAUUUUCUUUUUUUUUUCUUUUUUUUUUUUUUCCCCCUGAGAUGGAGUCUCACUCUUGUCGCCCAGGCUGGAGUGCAGUGGCGCGAUCUUAGCUCACUGCAAUUUCCACCUCCCAGGUUCAAGCAACUCACCUGCCUCAGCCUCCUGAGAGCUGGCAUUAUAGGCACACACCACCAUGCCCAGCUAAUUUUUUGUAUUUUUAAUAGACAGGGUUUCACCAUGCUGGCCAGGCUGGUCUUGAACUCCUGACCUCAGGUGAUCUGCUCGCCUCAGCCUCCCAAAGUGCUGGGAUUACAGGUGUGAACCACCAUGCCCAGCUAGUCCAAGUAUUUUCUUAAAAAUAAAAUAAAACAAGGCCGGGCAUGGGGGCUCACCCCUGUAAUCCCAGUACUUUGGGAGGCCGAGGUGAGAGGAUUGAUUGAGUCCAGGUGUUUGAGACCAGCCUGGGCAACAUAGUGAGACGUCAUCUGUACAAAAAAUAAAAUAAAUGAGCCAGGCAUGGUGGUGCAUACUUGUAGUCCCAGCUACUUGGGAAGCUGAGGGGAGGAUCACUUGAGCUCAGGAGUUUGCGACUGCAAUAAGCUAUGAUUGCACCACUGCACUCCAGCCUGGGUGACCAAGUGAGACCCUGUCUCUUAAAACAAAAAGAAAAGAAGGAAGGAAAGGAAGGUAGGUAUCAGGUAUAUAUUAAAUCAUCUGAAAAUUUUAAAAAGUCCUGAUUACUUUGUUUCACCGACAUGAAAGUGACAGGACUAUGGUCAUGAUAUUGAAAACCUACCUGGCACUGUAAUACAGGAAUAUUGGAUUUUAUUAUUUUCCUCCCUGAUUCUCAUUCCAAUAUCAGUCAUCAAAUAUUUAAAAAGUAAUAAUAUGCAAACAUACGUAAAGAAAAUAUAGUGGCCAGGUACAGUGGCUCAUGCCUGUAAUCCCAGCACUUUGGGAGGCUGAGGCGGUGGAUCGCUUGAGGCCAGGAGUUUGAGACAAACCUGGCUAACAUGGUGAAACCCUGUCUCUACUACAAAUAUAAAAAUUAGCUGGGCAUGAUGGCAUGCGUCCAGCUACUCGGGAGGCUGAGGCAGGAGAAUCCCUUGAACCCGGUAGAGGGAGGUUGCAGUGAGCCAAGAUCGCGCCACUGCACUUCAGCCUGGGCGACAGAAUGAGACUGUCUCAGAAAAGAAAGAAAAGAAGAGAAAAAAAGAAAAAGAUAGUAAAUACAUUUAAUGAAUGAAAGCAUGAUUAAUUUAAUUCCCAACUUGAAGUUGUAUCGUUAUUAACAAUGUACCUGGUAAGUACUUAUUUUAACAUUCUAAUUCUAAUGGGAAAGGAGACGACAAAGUCGGACACUUCAACUCUGAGUUUGGGAUGGCCCCAAUUUUGCACUGAGAGUGCUCCUGCGCAGGACUGCAUCAUUCAUUCAUGCUGUUUGGAAACAGGCAGCUGCUGAGAGAUUAGACAGUGAAGCUACCCCAAAAAAUAAAUCAAUGAAAAGAAAGCCUGGAGAUUCUAGGAAAUGAUCUGCCUAUGCGACUAAGCAGACUAAAUGUAGACUCAGACAGGAAGCCUGGAAGAGGAAAAGGAAAGUCGGCGAAAUCAGAAAGUUGGGCGCAGGGAAGGCACAAGGCAGGGACUUAACCUGCGUCCUGGGCCUCCGGGGCUCCUGCGGCUGCAACUUUCUGGCUGCAGGGGGCCAGGGCCGGCUCCGACGCUCAGGCGAGCAGUUCCCAGGGAGGUGAGCUGUGCAGACCGGCAGGGCCUCCACUGAACACUCUCCUGAGAUCUGCUGAUAAGCGGGGUGGCUUCUGAUCAGUUCUGAAAGUGCCUCCGUAAACUGGAGACACCAGAUCUCUGCUCUGCAAAGCCGGGCUGGGAGGACGCCUUGGCCCCGCCCCAGGGUAGAGGCUCCGCGAGCCCGCCCCCUCCUCCUCCGGGGUCUCAGCGCCUGCAGACGGAGAGGUGCACCGUGUGGAGUACGCUUUCUCGCAAAGCCGCGCCCUGUGGCACCUUUGCUUUGCAGAGGAAGAACAAAAGAGCUCCUGGACCUUCAGAAGCUGCUCUGCGCUGCCGCCACCGCCACUUGGGAUAAGAGUAGGUGAGGGAAGCAAGGGACCGCUGCACUGAUUCUGCAAUUAAUGAAAUCCCCGUGGGGGUCCUCUUUUGAAAUCCAGGUUUGACCUAUUUGGCCUAUUUUUAAUUUUUAUUAUGUUUUUAAAUAGAGAUGGGGGGGUUCUCACUGUGUUUCCCAGGCUGUGCUCGAACUCAUGGGCUGAAGCGAUCCUCCCUCCUCAGCCUCCCAAAGUGUUGGGAUUACAGGUGUGAGCUACUGCGCCCAGCCUAUUUCUUUCUUUUUCAAAAAUUUCUGGCCGGGCGCAGUGGCUCAAGCCUGUAAUCCCAGCACUUUGGGAGACCAACACAGGUGGAUACCUGAGGUCAGGAGUUUCAGACCAGCCUACACAACAUGGCAAAACUCCGUCUCUAGCAAAAAUGCAAAAAUUAGCGGGGCAUGGUGGCGCAUGCCUGUAGUCCCAGCUACUUGGGAGGCCAAGGCAGGAGAAUUGCUUGAACCUGGGAAGAGGAGGUUGCAGUGAGCCAAGAUCAUGCCACUGCACUACAGCCUGGGCAACAGAGUAAGACUCCCUCUCAAAAAAAAAAAAAAUUUAUUCCAUGUGUCACUUGCCCAGCUCCUUGUAUGUUAACUACAACAAAUAAGAGGUGUUUCCCCCAAACAUUUACCACUGGCAUUAGCUGGGUGGAGCCGGGCAUCAAGGUCCACUCUAAAACACAACCUGAAACCUCAGAGGCUGACAGUCUGCGCUCCAGGCUCACUCUAAGUUGCUCACCCACACAGAGGAUGCAAUCCCUGGGGCAGGACACAUGGUCACAGCGUCCCUGCCCUUAGCUACAGGACCCU